UUGUCGGUGUGGGCCGUGGGACUGCUUUGCUCAAACCCAAAGUUAUGGUGAGCGCAGAUAACAAGUUACAGCAAAUGUGCGCUUUCCGUGUGAUCUGCAGCAGUGCAUCUCUGUAACGAUGGCCUUUCGUUCCGUUUGGUGUGUUGACACAGGUGUUGGUAUUGGGGAAAACGGCCCCCUCAGUAAAGUUUGUGAGUACAGUUUGAAGAGCGACUGAGCGCAGGCCACUGCCCUGUUCCUGGGGUGCUCACCGCUGGCAUAAUCAGGGCGUGUCAGAGUGGCCAGACUACCACUCCACACAAAUGCCUCGACGGAGAGCCCUGCUGCUCCUGCACUCACGUUGGUCGGGCUCAGCAGCACGAGGCCUGGUCCUGUGUGUCCUGACGUUCGGCGUGGUCCUCCCACUGUGCUGUCAUCGCAGCCUCUACUCCUACUACUUCCUGAGGUCUGUUUAUCUGGACUGGAUGAGCGAUGAGUCUCUGCGGAAGAGCUACGAACAAGGGCAGCAGGCUCUGCGCUACUGGCAGGGACUGGCCACUGUCAGAGUGCCCGAGAAUCCACCUGCUAAGGGGCCGGAGCUCCUGGUGACGGUGGUGACAGCCAGGAGGGUGGACGGUCACAGCUCCCACUAUCUACUGCAGGUGAUGCAGAAGCUGGACCGCCUGCUGAGAGCGUGCAGGGACCCGCCCUGCGCCGAGGUCGUGGUGUGCGACGUUGAAAGUGGGCCCUUCGAGAAUGAGGAUGCCACGCUGCUGGAGAAGUGGUUCCGGGUGGUCAGGCGCUUUCAGGACGAGCAGCAGAUGAUCCAUGAGCAUGUGAACAUUUUUGAGAAGGAGAAAAGGGACUAUGUUUAUUGCCUCCGCAAGGGCUGGGAACUGCUGAGCCCCAGGAACGUGGUGGUCCUCGAGGAUGACGCGCUCCCCUCGGACGACUUUUUCGCCGUGAUCCGGAACUUGCUGUCACGGCGGUUUGCUCUGAGCGCACUCUAUGUGAAACUCUACCAUCCAGAGCGACUGCAGAGCUACUGGAAUCCAGAGCCCUACCGCAUCCUAGAAUGGAUGGGACUGGGUGUGGUGGGGGCCACCGCAUUGCUGCUUAUCCUGCCCUUGUGUGGCCCCCUCUCCCCCCCCAUUUCCACCCCACACCUGCUCUUCUUGGUGCUCUAUGUAAUGGCGGUCGCCGAGCUCUGCGGCAGGCACUACCUGCUGGAGCUCCGGCGACUCUCUCCGCAACUCUACUCCGUCUCUCCUGCCACAGAGUGCUGCACGCCCGCCAUGCUUUUCCCAGGCAACGCCUCCGUCCGCGUCGCCGCCCUGCUGGAUGGAGCAGUGUGCCAGAAGGGCAACGCCAAGGAUAUGGUGCUGUACCGGCUCGCCCGCUCCACCCGGGGUGAGCAUGCCCACAGCGUGGAGCCCAACCUCAUUCAGCACAUUGGCGCGUUCUCCUCCGUGCGUGCUAAUCCUUGGCACCCCAGACUGCUCUGAGAGCCCUUGAGACCUGCAAGGAGCAUGAUAAUGAUGUAUAUUACACAUAAAAACUCCAAAAUCUGAAGGGCAUAACUUCCACAGGGCUGGACUGCAGCAUUCCCAUGAGGACUUGUAGCUUAUAGAAAGUGCUGGGGGUGUGUAGUGCUUCUGUCAACUUCCUACUGUGGAUAGCAGCAUCAGGGCGGGUGCCCCGUGCACCCUCGUAGACAACCAUUUUUUAAAAAGUGCCUUGCUUUACACAUGGUGACAGUUGCAAUAGCAUAAUCAUAUUUCAAACCCCUGAACCAUCUUGCUUUGUGCUUCACCGCCGCUCUCUGGCCUCUGGCCAGAACGUAGUGCUCUGUGUAAUGGCGGAGAGGGAGCAGAGUAAGUGGCCCUGUUUGCAAAUGUUUGUUCACAAUAAGAGGUUUUCGCAGGUUAACCAUUCUGUGUAUGUGUUAGUAAGUCUAUUAAUGAUCAUUCAGGACUAGUGGAUGAAACAUGAACAUUUAAACCCCUAAAACACCAGCAGUAAUGCAAAGGCUAUUCACUGGCAAAGACAGACAAUCAGGAUGAAUUAUAAAGACAGAAAUCUGCAAUCAUGGGCAUUGAGGUAAUGUCUGGGAAAUCGAAUGUAUAUGUUCUCAUGAACUUCAUUUGACCGCCAUAAAAGUGGAACUUUUGGACAUUGCUAAUGGCCAGGCUUAAGAAAAUUAAAAUCAAGUUUUCAAAAUGUUA